CUAUCAAUGUCAAUAGAGGUUUAAAAAAUAUUAAAAGAAAUUAUUUUCUGUUUAUUAUAGUAAUUUAUGCAAUUUAUUGUAUAGACAAAUGAUAGCAAAGCCGAUAAAGUAUAUGACUAAUAGCUUUAAUUAAUUUCAGAUUGACAACAUAAAAUGCAUCCAUUCAGGUUAAGGUUAGAUUCCUUGUGAAAAAAACGGGUAUUUCAUGUUAUAAUGACGAUUGUAGCGCGAUUAUCUAACCCAAGAAUGUGAUAAUUUACUUUAUCUGUGUCCUUUGCCCAGCGAGGCUGUUCAAUCAUGGCUUUUGCCACUGAAAGAACGAAUUAUAUCCAGCUAUUCGCAGACUUCUUGAGUAUCAUUACCAUUUCGAUAUGUUUUAUCUUAAAGGUGCCCCAAAUUUUAAAACUUCUACAAAUGAAAACUGCUAGAGGCAUUAAUUUGAUUGGAUUAUUAAUGGAACUCACUAGCUAUACUAUUAUGAUGUCUUACAACUACAGAAGCGGCUAUUCACUUCUUUCUUACCUGGAAUACCCUAUAAUAUGGAUACAGGAAUUAAUUUUAAUAUUCCUUGUUUUAAAAUAUAAAAACUACCUCAACUUUUAUGCUCUCUUUGGUUCGGGGGUCUACUUUUCUAUUGCAGGUGGUUUGAUACUUGGUGUGGUUCCUAAAGGGCUUUUAGCAUUUUUAGUGCCUCUUUGUACACCCAUUGGAGCAAGCUCAAAAGUAGUUCAGCUCGUGGAAAUUUUAAAGACAGGCAAUGCACAAUCUGUUAGCAUCCUUACAUGGUUUAUUUCAGCAUUUACCAAUUUUACUAGGGUCUUUACCAUAACAGUGGAAUCAGCAGACCUUACCCUAUUGCUCAAUUUUAUUAUUAACACUUUCUUGAGUACUUCAGUUAUGGUGGCUGCUAUAUUCUAUAAGGAUCCACCAAGCAAACUUGAAAGUCUGAAAAAACAACAGUGAAUUAAAAUAUGGUUUGCUCUCUCUUACAUUAUUUUAAAACUGUCUAAAAUAUUUUGGAAGAUUAGAAAUUAGCUCAUUUAGUACUUGACAAUGUUUAAAGAUGAAUUAUGAAGCCAAAUAAUAGUUACCAUUAUUACAGUUUUUAGGAGGUUUGGAAUGUUUUAACAUGUAGUGCAUAUAAAUUGUUGCCAAAUUUAUAUUUUUUAAAUGGUGAUUGUUAAAAGUGCCAUUUUGUUGUGUUUUUUGUUAUGGUUCUUAAUAUAAUAUAUAAAUCC